AAACGAGAAAGGAGGACAUAGCUAACAGCAAGAAGUCUUUCUUGUGUUUGAUUUGGCCUGGUUCCAUUAAGGAUCCCAGGUGGAUGCCAGAUGAUCUCCCAGAAAAUGCUGGAGGUGAUGAAAGAUUCACAAAGAGGAGCUGCAUGCAUCCUCGUCGUACUAUAAACCGUCAAGUUCAAAACACUUGAUGAGCCACACUCGGAGCAUCAAAUACACAAAUACGUGCAAUGUAAAAUGGUAGAUUAAUUCGAAAUAUAUUGUAUUGGAUUUGGAUGAGUUAUGAAGAAAGGGCUGGGAAUGAUAAAACCUUGUAAUACUAUGCAAUAAUUUUGGGCCGAGGACCGUCUGGUACAACUUGAAAGCAAAAGACUAAAUUACAAUUCUGAAUUAAUCGAUCAUGCCACUCUGAUCCUAGACUAACGAUGGCACGAGGACCCGAAUAAUUUUCGGGGGUGGGUUUGGGCCUACUAACCAUGAGAGACCUCGCCUAAGUUCAAAGUCAAAGAAAUCUUCUUAGUCCAGCAUCGAAGUGGUCUGUUGUCUUCCUUGUCUUGUCCAAGGUAGAAGAACUAGAAACCCUCGUCGAAGUACAGCUUAAACUCUUAUACUGAAAUAAACGAAUAAAUGGCAACUGAAAACAAGCCAAAGUCCAGUGCCAGUGUCACUACCAACAGCAAGAAGAGAAAGCAACGCUACCUCCCUCACAAUAAGCCAGUGAAGAAGAAGGGUUCCUACCCAUUACACCCAGGAGUCCAAGGCUUCUUUAUCACUUGUGACGGGGGAAGGGAGCGCCAAGCCUCGCGUGAGGCCAUUAACGUUAUUGAUUCUUUUUAUGAAGAAUUAGUUUUUGGGAAGGAUACUAGUGUGAAGCUUGCAGAGUUGCCUAAUAAACCUAUAAAUAAAAAGAUUAAGUUCUCAUAUUCUGAUGUUGAGGGAGACGAUGACGAAGAAAAGGAGGAGGAUGAGGAAGAUGGGUUAGAUGAGAACAUAUCAGGUGCCCCCGAAGCCAAUGAUGGAAAGAAUGAAAACCCAGCAGACGAAAAGUUAGGAUCUCCUUGUCUAGAAAAUGAGAACAGUGAAUGUCAAAGAGAAGAAAAGACUAAUCAAGAAGAGGGUUGUAAAAAUGAUAAAAAACAAGAACGUGAGGCAGAGGAACUACCAGCAAAGAAGAAAUGCACAGAAACAUGUGCCCCCAAGUCUGUUGGCCAAGAAAAAGUGGAGGAGAAAUCCAUUGAUAAGCUGAUUGAGGAUGAACUCAAAGAACUUGGAGAUAAGAACAAGAGACACUUUCUCAGCCUUGAUUGUGGUUGUAAUGGUGUUGUCUUUGUUCAAAUGCGCAAGAUAGAUGGGGACCCUUGUCCCAAAGAUAUUGUGCAACAUAUGAUGACAACUGCUGCAUCAACAAGGAAACACAUGUCCAGGUUCAUUUUAAGAGUGUUACCAAUUGAAGUUGCGUGCUAUGCUUCAGAAGAGGAAAUUUCAAGAGCAAUUGCACCAAUUGUGGAGAAAUAUUUUCCCAUGGAUACCCAGGACCCACAGAAGUUUGCAGUAAUGUAUGAAGCCCGUGCAAACUCUGGUAUUGACAGGAUGAAAAUUAUAAAUUCCGUUGCAAAAUGUGUUCCUGGACCUCAUAAAGUUGAUCUUAGCAAUCCUGACAAGACAAUUGUAGUUGAAAUUGUCAAGACUAUGUGCUUGAUCGGGGUUAUUGAAAAGUACAAGGAGUUGUCCAAGUACAACUUGAGGCAGCUGACAUCUACGAAGUAGCAGUAACUCGUCACAUCUCAAACUGGGAGCAAAGCAACUUUAUAAAUUUUUGUUCAACUGAACACCAUUUCAUUCUUGAGCUGCCAUGUUAUAAGAAUGUUCAUCGUUUUGUUCAGAAUGUUCAUCGUUCUGUUCUGACUGACAUUUUUACCAGAAGACAAAAAAAAAAUCUAUCUCGUGGUUUUCUUCCCUUC